AAUUACCCAUUGAUCAAGACAACAGGAACACAUAGCAAUGCCACCAGAGAUAAGUUUCCGAGGAGUGAGAAAGAGACCUUGGGGAAGAUUCGCUGCAGAGAUUAGAGACCCAAGGCAAAAAUAUAGGGUUUGGCUGGGGACUUUCGAUUCAGUUGAAGAUGCAGCUCGAGCCUACGACGCCGCUGCUCUUUCGCUUCGGGGACCCAAGGCCAAGAUCAACUUUCCAUCAACCACUCCUUCAAAUCCCUACUAUCCAUUUCAUCAGAACCCUAACGAUCGCUUUGUCAAUCAGCGGUUGUAUCCUCAGGAGCACCAGAUUAUCGCCCAGAGGACCACUCUUAGCAGUUUGACCGAUUCUAUUGAGUCGUUCAGUGGGCCUCGGCGGCGUAAGACGACUGAUUUGCCAUCGCGAAAACACCCUCGGCUGCCGCCGGUGCUGCCGGAUGAAAGAAGGGGUCGAAUGGCAUGGGUUCGGUAGAGAAGAGUUGAGAGGUGGGCAGAGGAGUGGAGGAGAGAAGAGAGAUUUGGGGAGGGAGGUGCAAGUCGACGAGACUGGGAUCGGGAGGAGUCGGGUUUAGUGGUUAUAAAUUUGGCUUCAUUACCGAGUGAUUGAGAAUUGGAAAUACCAU